AUGGAGCCCAUAAAGAAUGUUGCGCUGCUGGGAAAAGGAUGGCUAGGAUCUGCAGUACUGGAAGAGCUCUUAAACACCGACUUCCAGGUCACAGUUCUGAGUCGCACUGCAAGCCCAGAGAAGCCCAGAGCAAACUUCAAGUCCUUGCAAGUGGACUACUCCUCCGUGGAUAGCCUUGCUGAAGCCUUACAGAACCAGGAUGCCGUGGUAUCUACUGUUGGCGCCUCCGCAAUCAGCGCCCAGAAGACGGUUAUCGACGCAAGCAUUCGAGCUGGUGUCAGAAGAUUCAUCCCCUCUGAUUUUGGGGCUCUGACCACCCGACCAGGAGCCGAAUCUCUCCCGCUGAAUGCUAUGUGGGUGGAAAUUCAGGACUAUCUCAAGGAGAAGGCUCUUGUCGGAGAGAUCGAGUACACGCUCUUUGCCGUCGGGCCUUUUCUCGAAUUUGUCAUGUCCAUGCCGUUCUUGGUAGAUCUUCAAACCCAGGAGGUCACACUUUAUGACGGCGGCCAACACCCAUUUAGCUCCACCAGCAUUGGAAGUGUGGGGAAGGCUGUCUCGGGUGCUCUCAAAAAUGCAGAAGCGACCAAGAAUUGUUUGGUCGGUGUUCAUGACACCGUAUUGACUCAAAGCAAAGUGCUGGAUCUGGCGAGAAAAUACUCUGGGCCUGAUACCAAGUGGAUAAUAAAUCCAGCGAAUGCUGAAACUGAGCUUGAGUCGGUCCUUGAAGCCAUCAAGACAAGCGGUCUGGAUCUCUUCAAUACUCUCGCCCUACUCAAAUCCGCGCUGUUGAGUGGGAAGUACCAAACCAAAUUUGAUUCCGUGGACAAUGAGCUUUUCGGAUUACAUGUUCUCUCCGAUGAUCAGCUCGAAGAGAAGUUCGCCACGGGGUUCAAGUCGAUGUCUGCUGCCAUGCAGGACUUCCAGGGAAAGCACGAUGGAAUUCAACAAGAGGCCUGA